AAACCGGUUUUUGCACAGCAGCGAACUGCCGGCGCGAGACAUUACCGUCGUGUUUAGCGGCUGUGACGUCACAGCUCUGUGUGCUUCUGGACUCGGCUGAAGAAGAUGGCGGCCUCCUCAGGAGUUAAAGUUCCACGCAAUUUUCGCUUGUUGGAGGAGCUUGAAGAAGGGCAGAAGGGCGAAGGCGACGGCACAGUCAGCUGGGGCCUGGAGAAUGACGACGACAUGACCCUCACGUGGUGGACGGGCAUGAUCAUCGGGCCAGCGAGAACCAAUUACGAGAACAGAAUAUACAGUCUGAGAUUGGUAUGCGGCUCUAGAUACCCGGAGGUGUGCCCGACUGUUAAGUUUGUAACAAAGAUAAGCAUGAACGGGAUAGAUAACUCCAACGGGGUGGUGGAUUCAAGUAGCAUACCAGUUUUAGCAAAGUGGCAGAAUUCUUAUAGCAUUAAAAUUAUUCUUCAAGAGUUAAGGCGUCUAAUGAUGUCCAAAGAAAAUAUGAAGCUUCCACAACCACCAGAAGGACAAACCUACAGCACUUAAUCGCCAUGGAUUGUUUCGACCCUCUGUCUUAAACCUUACUCCUAGAAAUAUCGUGUAAAAUCAUCGAGAGGCUCACGUCACACAUCGACAAUAUCGUCUGCAAGACCAACAUUGGACUUUCUUAUUACAUAGCUCAAUGACAAAGGAAAAUGUCUCUGCAGUUAAGCACUGAGUAGUUAAGAGACUCCCAAGACCACAGUUAUCCGCCUUUAAGAAACUUACUUUGACAAUGACUUUUAUGUUCGACGUGUACCGUUGCUUGAGUGAGCUUUAAAGAG